AUGGCAGAGUACGACGAGCCAGAGAAGUUCCGCGUCGUCGAAGUCCCCCUCCCCAAGCUCCGUGACAACGAUGUCCUGAUCAAGGUCAAGGCCUGCGGUGUGUGCGGUACUGACCUGCAUAUCCAUGAGGGUGAAUUCUUGGCCAAGUUCCCCUUGAUCCCUGGUCACGAAACCGUCGGUGUCGUCGCUGGUCUUGGAUCCAAGGUCAAGGGCUUCAGUGUCGGUGACCGAGUGGUGGCCGACAACUCCGAGCUCUGCGGAGAAUGCUUCUACUGCCGUCGUGGCGAGGAGCUUCUCUGCGAAGACUUCCAGGCGCACGGUGUCACCAUGGACGGUGGCUUUGCCGAGUACUGUGCCUACCCGGCCAAGAGAGUGUUCCCCAUCAAGAACCUCAACGACGUCGAGGCCACUCUCCUCGAGCCUGCCUCCUGCGCUGCCCACGGUCUGGACAAGAUCGCUCCCAAGAUGGGCUCCAGCGUGCUCAUGUUUGGUGCGGGACCCACGGGUCUGGUGUUGGCCCAGAUGCUGAGACAAAACGGUGGUUGCCACGUCGUGAUUGCCGCUCCCGAGGGUCUCAAGAUGGACCUGGCCAAGUCUCUUGACGCUGCCGACGAGUAUGUCGCCCUGUCCCGAAAGGACCCCGCCGCCCAGUUCCAGAAGCUCAAGUCCGAGAACCCCUACGGAUUCGACAUCGUCGUCGAGGCCACCGGUAGCGUCAAGAUCCUCGAGGACGCCAUUCACUAUGUCCGAAGAGGUGGCAAGCUCGUCGUGUAUGGUGUCUAUAGCAGCAAGGACCGCGUCACUUGGCCUCCUUCCAAGAUCUUCGGUGACGAGAUCACCAUCCUGGGAUCCUUCAGCGAGACCUACAAGUUCCCUGCUGCCAUUGACUACCUUGACAGCGGAAAGGUCAAGGUCAAGGGUAUUGUCAACAAGACCUUCAAGCUGGAACAAUGGGCAGAAUGUCUUGAGUCGAUGAAGAACAAGAGCGCCAUCAAGGCAGCCAUCGUGUUCGACUAG